UCAUUUCUUAAGUGCACGGACAAUGACAUGAAAUAGGAAAAAGAAUAAGACCAAACCUUUAUUCUUUCCCCAAAAGUAUCAAACCUCACAACCAUUCCUCUCCCAAAUUUUCAAUGGAAGCAUCACCUACUUCCUUCAACCAUGUUGUUGCUAUGCCUUAUCCUGGACGAGGCCACAUCAAUCCCAUGAUGAACCUAUGCAAGCUCCUUGUCUCCAACAACAACAGCAUCCUCGUCACCUUUGUAGUCACCGAGGAAUGGUUAACCUUUCUCUCCUCUGAACCAAAACCAGAUAACAACAUAAAUUUUCGUUCCAUCUCCAACGUUGUUCCUUCCGAACUCAUUCGCAGUCGCGACCACCCUGCCUUCUUGGAAGCUGUCAUGACAAAGAUGGAGGAACCGUUUGAGGAGCUACUCAACCUACUUGACCACCCUCCUUCAGUCAUUUUGUAUGAUAAUAUGUUGUAUUGGGUUGUUGUUGUUGGAAACCGGAGGAAUAUUCCGGUAGCAUCAUUUUGGACAAUGUCUGCUUCUGUUUUCUCUAUUUUCUUGCACCAACAUCUUUUGGAACUAAAUGGUCACUACCCUGUGAAAUUUUCAGAAAAUGGCGAUGAACGUGUAAAUUAUAUUCCUGGAGUUUCCUCAACAUGCCUAGCUGAUUUACCUCUAUUCGAUGAUAGUAACAGAAGCAAGCGAAUAAUGCAAGUUGUUUUGAGAGGUCUUCAAGGGAUUCACAAAGCACAGUAUCUUCUAAUUUCUUCAAUAUAUGAACUUGAAUCUCAAGCCAUUGAUAUCUUAAAAUCAAAAUUCUCCAUACCAAUUUACACAUUUGGCCCUACAAUACCAUGCAUUAGCCUAAAAAACGAUCUCAAACCAAACACUAACAAUAUUUAUAGUUACAUUGAGUGGCUAGAUUCACAACCAAUAGGUUCUGUUCUUUACAUAGCACAGGGAAGUUUUUUGUCAGCUUCAAGUGAACAAAUUGAUGAAAUUGCAAAUGCUUUAUGUGAAAGCAAUAUUCGAUUUUUGUGGAUAGCACGUAAUGAAGCUUCAAGGUUGAAACAAAUGUGUGGAAAUAUGGGAUUGGUUUUGGAAUGGUGUGAUCAAUUGAGAGUGUUGUCACAUUCUUCUAUUGGUGGAUUUUGGUCACAUUGUGGUUGGAAUUCUACUAAGGAAAGUGUUAUUUUUGGAGUACCUUUGUUGACUUUUCCAAUUAGCUUGGACCAACCAUUUAAUAGUAAGAUGAUAGUAGAGGAUUGGAAGGUUGGAUUGAGAGUUAAAGAUAAUGUAAAUGGAGAUGUUUUGGUGAAGAAAAGUGAAAUUGUAAAAUUAGUGUGUGAGUUUAUGGAUUUGGACAGUGACCUUACAAAGGGUAUUAGGGAAAGAAGUGGAAAAUUUAAAAAGAUAUGUUGUGAUGCAAUUGGAGAUGGUGGCUCAGCAGACAUUGAUUUAAAAGCCUUCAUUGGUAAUAUAAUAAUGCAUUCUUCAAAGUCUACACAUGCUUAAAGGAAUAAAAAAUAAAGAAGAUUGUGGAAACUACUGUGGAGCGAAGCUUCUUAUGCGAAUUGGUGAUACGACACUUUGGAUUAGAGGUUGUGAACAUGGUGCAUUUUGAAUUGAAGAGGAUGAUCUUAAACCGGCGUUACUAAUCUCCUUUACAAUGGACCCAACGAGGAUACUUGUAUGAUUAGCACUUGGAAGCCCAAGUUAGUUUAAAGUUCAAGAUAGUCGUAGUGAGAGUGGAGAUUAGAGAUAGAGUACCUGAAAACAAAUGUGAAAGUAUUUAUACAUUGGACUCAAUGGAGCAGGCAGAAUAAGUGGGCCUCAUCUUAUUGGGCCUUUAUAUUUUGAAAAGGAUCCCAUCGCAUUAGUAACAAAGAUGCAUCCCCGGGAUCCAUUGAAUGAGAUUGAUUUGGGUGAAAGAAGCGAUAAAAGGCCAACAUACAUCAGUACCAACAUUGACUCAGAUAUGAGAAUAAAGGUAAUUAAUUUACUUCGAGAAUAUAAAGAUUGUUUUGUUUGGGAUUAUAAUGAAAUUUCAAGUUUAAGCUGCAGAGAAAUGGUGCAAUUAAAGCUACCAAUAAAGCCUGAGGGGCAACUGUCCCCUCUAAAUUGAAAUUUUUUGGCUGGAGGCUUUUGUUGGACAGACUGCCUACAAGAAAGCUUCUCCGUAAGCGCGGUAUUAUUCUACCGCAACAUGAUGUUGUUUGUGCUUUCUGUCAAUUGGAAGAGGAGGACCUUAAUCACAUAAUGCUGAGUUGUGCUAGCUUGAAAUCGUUAUGGAGGAAGAUUAAUAGAUGGCUGGAGUUAGAUAUCCCUUUAAACCUGGACUGCUGCACCCAUUUGAUCAAUUGCAUUGAGUUAUUGUCUGGAUCUAUGUCGAGGAGCAGGGCGGGAGCUGUUUGGAUAACAAUUUGUUAGGGCAUUUGGAAGCAUCGCAAUGAUAUUGUUUUCAACAAUGCGGUCGUCGAUAUUGAUGAAUUGCUUGGUAUGAUCAUUUGGUUUUCUUGGUGGUGGUUGGCAAUAGACUCUAGGGAUAGAAUUUUGAGUAAUUUUUAUGAACGGUUUCACAAUCCUUUUAUG